UAGUUGAAUUGGAGUCUUUUUUGCAAUGUAUUCAUCAAUCCAUUAAGGGCAAGAAAUUUCUUCUCAUUUUAGAUGAUGUGUGGUCAGAAGAUUACGACAAAUGGAAGCCAUUUUAUAAUUGUCUAAAAAAUGGUUCCCAUGGUAGUAAAGUUUUGAUUACAACAAGGAAGUAUACAGUUGCUUCUAUUAUGGGAUGAGUUGAUUUUAUCAUUAUGAAGGAAUUAUCUGAGGAGCAAUGUUGGUUGUUGUUUAGACAAUUUGUAUUUUCUGGUAAGCCUUCUAAAGAGUGUGAAAAAUUAGAGGAAAUUGGAAGAGAAAUUGUUGCAAAAUGCAAGGGCUUGCCACUUGCUGCAAAAACUAUUGGCAAUCUCUUGCGAUUUAAGAAAACUAGAGAUGAAUGGCAACGUAUUUUAAAUAGUGAAAUUUGGAAGCUAGAAGAGAUUGAGAAAGGUCUUUUCUCACCUUUGAUGUUAAGUUAUAAUGAUUUGCCAUCCAUGAUAAGACGGUGUUUUUCAUAUUGUGCUAUCUUUUCAAAAGAUCAUGAUAUAGAUAAAGAUCACUUGAUCAAAUUAUGGAUGGCUCAAGGUUAUCUUGGGUUGGAAAAAAAUAUAGAGAUGGAGAUAAUAGGUCAAGAGUAUUUUGAUCAUUUAGUUUCACAAUCAUUCUUCCAAGAGUUUCGGAAAGACAAAGAUGAAAAUAUCGUAAGUUGGAAGAUGCAUGAUAUAGUUCAUGACUUCGCUCAAUUUCUCAGUAAGAACGAAUAUUUUACUGUGGAAAUCAACAGGGGCAGUGAAGAGCUAGUCUUAGACGCUUCCAAUGAGAAAGCCCGGCAUUCAAUGUUAACGCUUAACAAGGGGGCCACAUUUCCAAUCUCCAUUUGUAACAUCAAAAGUUUGCGGAGUCUUUUAAUUGGUUGUAAAGAUUCUGAGUAUUUGCUGCCUAAUUAUGUUCUACCAAAUCUCUUUGGUGAAUUGACAUGUUUAAGAGCAUUAGACAUGAGUGCAAAAAUAAGAAGACAGAAUUUGAUUGCAACAAUUCCAAAAGAGGUAAAAAAAUUGGUACAUUUGAAAUAUCUAAAUUUGUCUCAUCAGAAAGUGGAAAAACUUCCAGAAAGUUUAUGUGAGUUAUACAAUCUGCAAACUUUAGAUAUUUCUUGGUGUGAAGGGCUUAAAGAACUGCCUCAAGGGAUGGGGAAGUUGAUAAACUUGCGGCAUUUGAUUAAUCUUGGAACAAGAUCAUUAAGUUACAUGCCCAAGACAAUUGAGAAAUUAACCUGUCUCCGAACAUUGAGUGAAUUCAUUGAAAAUAGCAGCAGCAGUGAUGCUAGUAAAGCAUGUAGUACUCUUGCAUGCUUGAAAGAUUUGAAACAUUUAAGAGGAACGCUGGAAAUCAGAGGGCUAGGAAAUGUGACCAAUGUGAGUGAGGUUAAGAGAAUGCAAAUUCUCAGCAAUAAGAAAAACCUCUUUGUUUUAACACUUAGAUUCGAUAAAGAGGGAAAAGGGGAGAGAAAAAAUGAUGAGGAUGAGUUACUUCUUGAGGCUUUGCAGUCACAUCCAAAUUUGGAGAAAUUAGCUAUAGAAAAUUACAGAGGCCGCACUUUUUAUUUCGAUUGGAUCAUGUCAUUAACUGGGCUGAGGAAAUUGAGUCUGGACAGUUGCAGAAAUUGCAUGAAUUUGUCUCCCUUGGCAAAAUUGCCGUCACUUGAAUCACUAAAGAUACAUAGAAUGAGUGUGAAAAAACUAGUUACGGGAAUCGAAAGUGAUGGUGCAUUUUCAUCAUCUACAUCAGUUGUUCCCUUUCCCAAGUUGAAAGUUCUUGAAUUCUGGCAGAUAUUCGAAUGGGAAGAGGGGGAUUACCAGAAUUCAAUCUUGCCAUGCCUUGCUUCUUUGUCAAUCAAUUACUGUGGAACAUUACGUGUAUUGCCUGAUGGCCUUCUCCAGGGGGCAAAAAAGCUACAGCAUUUGGAGAUUUUUACAAGUCAUCUUUUGGAAGAACGUUAUAGUAAGGGAACUGGAGAGGACUGGCAAAAGAUCUCCCACAUUCCCAACAUCAAAUUCACUGAUUCAUAUCUGCAAGGAGGUCCACUCCCGUGAGUUAUUUUUUGGAAUAACCAACCAUCAAUCCACAAAGGACAUCUGCAGAAAUAUUGACCAUAAUGUUGAAGUUUGUAAUUUAUGCUGAAAGGAACAGAGGAGAUAAAUUUAUGCUGGUUGCAGUGUCUUGCUGAAAGAAACAGAGGAGAUAGUCAAUAAUUCGGGUUUCGCGUGUAAUUAAUAUUACUGUUUCAGGGUUUUCUUCUUCGUGUAUUUGCAUAUUACCUAAAGUGAAUAAAAAUUUGCUAUCUCUCAAAUAUAUAUUAAUUUCGUUGUGGUGAAAA